GUCUUAGAAUUCGAGGAUAGACAUCCUGCAAGAAGUAAACAUAUCCGAAAUUCGUCUGCGUUUGGAAAAUGUCAGCAGCGAUUAUUGCUGCACUUAAAAACCAAGUACAUAGCCUUGCUAAACAGGACUCAAACUCGAUUGGCAAGACUGACACAACACCUGUGUCAGUGUGUAUUUGUAACCGGCCAGUUCAGGACAUUCUUUGUCAGGCAUGUGGCUUCAUUUUUGUUGGGCAUGUACGCAAACCCUGCCCAGAGCACAGGAAUAACUUGUUCUACCUGAUGGACACGCAGUUCUGUCCCCAGUGCAAAUCCACAUACCUUCUGGAGAUAAAGACCUCCGAUAAACAACUUCAUGAUGUUGUUGAUCCAACAAGGCAACGUCAUAAGAGUGAUGCCCACCUUUUAAAAAAUCCUGUGUCUGUCAAUGCCACCAGAAGAGCAAGUACUGGAUCUAGAAUGAGACCAACACCUGAAGAAGAUUGGUCUGAUUCAAUUAAUUUCAAAGCUGAAUAUGAAGCAACUAGUAAACCGCCAACAACAAAUUUUGGCGAUGAGAAAAAUCUUAGUCACAUGAUAAACCAGUUUAAUAGGUCACAGAUUAAUAACAGUGCAAAUGCAUUUGGAACCCCUUGCCAUAUCACCCCAGCUGCCUCAAAUAUGCAAGGUGAUACUGCUGUAUCAAGAAUGGUGCAGUAUAACAGCAAAGGAACAUCAUGUGAUUCCAAACCUUUUAUGGGUGAUCUCAAAAUCACAGUACCUUCAAGUUCCAAUACUAAUUCACAGUCCCAAACUAUAGAUCAGCAAAACAAGCAAGGUCAGAUCUCUGCAUCCAGGCCAGUUCUUGUGGACAGUGGAGUGCAAACCGAGUUCAAUGUUCAGGUAAAUCAAGAGCCCCAGUAUCAGCCACCAUUGUCACAACCCAAGAAGUUGAGGAUGUUAACUACAUUGGGCAAUAUUAGCAGCAGUCUGUCUCAGGUUCCAAGCGUGCAGCCAAAUACUGUUUCAGAGCAAAACAGUGUGACAGCUUCUAGGCCAUAUUCAGCCAAUUACUCUAAAGAACAAACUGCUCCCUUGGAACAUAUAUCUGUGGCGCCACCACCAACAGUUCUUGGCCCAUAUCUCCCACCAAGGCCUCCAAUAAAUCCUAUGUUUGUUAGACCAUCUUUUGUCAGUGUCCCCAUGCAACAUCUAUCCCUUCAGAGAGGGCCUUUUAUGUCACCAAGCAGUCCCAACAUUCUUAGACCAUCAGUGCUCGGAAUGAGUCUUCAGCAGCAAAGCCAGCCUGAUAUUAACAUGAAAUUCAUGCAGCAAGGUCAAAGGCAACCUGGAAUUAACAUGGUAUCUUCAAUACAGCAAGGGCAAAGGCAGCCUGGCAUUGGCACGUUGUCUUCAAUACAGCAAGGGCAAAGGCAGCCUGGUGUCAAUAUGGUAUCUUCAAUACAGCAAGGGCAAAGGCAGCCUGGCAUUGACACAGUGUCUUCAAUACAGCAAGGGCAAAUGCAACCUGGUGUCAGCACUGUUUCUUCUAUACAGCAAGCGCAAAGGCAGUCUGGCAUUGAUACAGUGUCUUCAAUGCAGCAAGGUCAAAGGCAGCCUGGUGUCAACACUGUAUCCUCCAUACAGCAAGGGCAUAACAUCUAUGGAUAUAACCCAAGGAAGCCUGUUGGCAUCUCCAAAGAGUACAGCUUGCUUCAGCAGGCAUUGAAUCGUAGGCAAGCAGGAUCGGAACCACUGCACACAUUUGAAGAAGGCAGAAUGUGAAGAUAGUGAAUGAUAGUGCCUUUAUUUAGUUCAUAAAUGGUGCAUUAUGGAUCAAUUAUUAUACAAUUAUUGUUGUUAAGUCAUUCUAGUUAUAAUUGAAAUGUUUAAUAAUCUUUUCUUGUAAAAACAAGAUGUUUUUUGUCAUCUUUAAGCUGACCUGAGCACAAGUCGCUCAUGAUACGCUUUUGUCAUUGCCUUUUGUUUUUUUGUUUUUCAACAAAUGCCUUUUGUUUUUUUGUUUCUCAACAAAACAUUUAAAACAUUUUAGCUCAUCUAUUUUUUGGAGAAAAAAAAUGAGCUAUUGUCAUCACGUCGGCGUUGGGUUAAGUUUUAUGUUUAGGUCCACUUUUCUCAGAAAGUAUCAAUGCUAUUGCAUUCAAACUUGGUACACUUACUUACUAUAUGAGGGGACUGGGCAGGUUAAGUUAGAUAACUCUGGCAUGCAUUUUGACAGAAUUAUUUGCCCUUUUUAUACUUAGAAAAUUGAAAAUUUUGGUUAAGUUUUGUGUUUAGGUCCAUUUUAUUCCUUAAGUAUCAAAGCUAUUGCUUUCAUACUUGCAACACUUACUAACUAUCAUAAGGGGACUGUCCAGGCAAAGUUAUGUAACUCUGACUGGCAUUUUGACAGAAUUAUGUGCCCUUUUUAUACUUAGUAAAUUGAAAAUUUGGUUAAGUUUUGUGUUUAGGUCCACUUUAUUCCUAAAGGAUCAAAGCUAUUGCUUUCAUACUUGCAACACUUACUAUCGUAAGGGGACUGUGCAGGCAAAGUUAUGUAACUCUGACUAGCAUUUUGACAGAAUUAUGGGCCCUUUAUAUUUAGAAAUUGAAAAUUUGAUUUAAGUUUUGUGUUUUGGUCCACUUUACUCCUAAAGUAUCAUAGAUAUUGCUUUCAUACUUGGAACACUCGAAAACUAUCAUAAGGGGACAGUACAGGACAAGUUGCAUAACUCUGGUUGUCAUUUUGACAGAAUUAUGGCCCUUUUUUGACUAAGUAACUUUGAAUAUAUGGUUAAAUUUUGUGUUUUGAUCCACUUAACUUCUAAAGUAUCAAGGCUAUUGCUUUCAAACUUCAAAUACUUUCAUGCUAUCAUGAGGGUACUGUACCUGGCAAGUUGAUUUUUACCUUGACCUUUGAAUGACCUUGACUAUCAAGGUCAAAUUGUUAAAUUUUACUAAAAUUGCUAUAACUUCUUUAUUUAUGAUUAGAUUUGAUUGAUACUUUGACAUAACAACUCUUACCUGACAUACCACAAUAGACUCCACCCAAACCACUCCCCACGC